AAUGUGAAGUGCGAGAUUCGAGGCGAGGCGGACGGCAAGGAGCCCAAGGACCUGACGGCGAGCACCAGAGCCAUGUUCCCCAGCUCGCAGAUCAAGAUGAGACUGCUGUCGCCGAGCAGUUCGCCCGCGACGUCGCCGACCAUGUCGAACUCGUCGUCGCCGACGCCGCAGCAGCCGCCGCCGCCGCUGCAGCCCUACAACCACAAGAUCACGGGCAUCCCGUGCGUGGCCGCCGCCUCCCGCUACACGGCGCCCGUGCACAUCGACGUGGGCGGCACCAUCUACACCUCCUCCCUCGAGACGCUCACCAAGUUCCCCGAGUCCCGGCUGGCGAAGCUGUUCAACGGCAGCAUCCCGAUCGUCCUGGACUCGCUGAAGCAGCACUACUUCAUCGACCGCGACGGCGGCAUGUUCCGGCACAUCCUCAACUUCAUGCGCAACUCGCGGCUGCUGCUGCCGGACACUUUCAGCGACAUCGACCUGCUGCUCGAGGAGGCCCGCUACUUCGACAUCGCACCCAUGGUGAGGCAGCUGGAGCAGCUGCGCAAGGAGCGCCAGAAGAAAGCAGCGGCGGCGGCGGCGGCGGCAGCGGCGGCGGCGAGCCCGCAGGCGCUGGGCGGCGGCAGGGACCGCGGCGGGGGCGGUGGGGGCGGCGUGGGCGGCUGCGCCGACGACCCGGGCUGCUGCCACAACAGCGGCGCGCUGCAGCCGGGCCUGCACUACGAGUGCGUCGCGCUGCACGUCUCCCCGGACCUCGGCGAGCGCAUCGUGCUCUCCGGCGAGCGCGCCGUCCUCGACGAGGUGUUCCCCGAGACGUCGCAGGCGCUGAUGGACGCGCGGUCGGGCGCGGCGUGGAACGCGCACGACGCGCGCCACGUCAUCCGCUUCCCGCUGAACGGCUACUGCAAGCUGAACUCGGUGCAGGCCAUCACGCGGCUGCUGAACCGCGGCUUCAGCGUCGCCGCCAGCACCGGCGGCGGCGUCGAGGGCCAGCAGUUCUCCGAGUACCUCUUCGUCCGGCAGGCGCACCCGCUCUAGGCCCGCGGCCCCUGGUGCGGGCUUCCGCCGUGACCAACUCACAGACUGCUGCAGUGGGGAGCGCACCUCGCCGCCACGCUCUCUCUAUCGUGUUCUCUCCACCACUGGAGAUGCUCGACUCGCGAGCUCCUUUCGGCGAUCAGAGCGUUUUAUAUUCCAGUUUUAAUACUCAUUUGACAUUCCUUCACACUGUCUGAAUGGGCACUAGCGUCAGUGCGAAAACUUGACAAAUUCCGUACAAUGUGAAUACGCAAAUAGGUAUAUAGCAAUCCGAGAAAAAGCAACUGAACGAUACGAUAUCAUAAGAGGGGCGUUCAAUAAGAAAUGCAACACAUUUUUUUCUGCUUUAUUCAGGACUCCAAUACACCAUACUAUUUCCACUCUUUUGGUUACAAAAUCCUAUUUUUCAACGUAAUCUCCGUUCGAUGCGACGGCCUUACGCCACCUUACUGGGAGAACCUGUAUGCUCGCAUGGUACCCCUCUAGUGGUUGACAUCGCAGCCAACUUCUUGCAGCAUUACGAGCCUCCCCAUCAUUCAAGCACUCCUUCUCACGGAGUUCAUCCGUCAUUGAGCCAGACAGCUGGAAGUGUGAAUGUGUGUGAUCCGGGCAGUAGGGUGCGUGAGGAAGAAUAAUCCAGUGAAGUGUUGUGAGCUCCUCUCGUGUGCGCAGACUUAUGCAAGACCCUGCGUUGUCAAGGAAAAGGAUAUACUCCCUUUAAUUUACGACUGUGGUCACAAACUUUUUGUUCACAGAUUACCGGUUUCGGUCUAUAAUGACCAUCUUCAGAUCUGUGUUUCAUAAAAACAGCGUCCUAAUGUCCUUUAUUAGGACAUUGUUUUUAUAAAACACGGAUCUGAAGAUGGACAUUAUUGACCGAAACCGGUAGUCUGUGAACAAAAAGUUUGUGACCAUAGACGUAAAUUAAAGGAAAUUUAUUCUAUAUACGAGUCACUAUUUUAUUCGCGACUAUGUCGCAGCUUGUGAAAGGAUAAACUCGUUGGCAUUUUUGUGGCGUCAAACACGCUGAAGUCAUUUCUUCAACUUCUUGAGGGUAGUACAAUACACGUAGAAGUUGAUCAUUGCACCACGGUGGAGGACAUCAAACAGAAUAACCCCACCAGUCACAGAAGACCGUCGUCAUGACUUUACUGGCUGAGCGUGCGGCUUUGAACUUUUUCUUCGGAUAAUAGGUGGUGUGUCGUUACUCCAUGCGUUGCCGUUUUGUAUCCGGUUCAAAGUGAUGAACCCAUGUUUCAUUCCCUGUGACGAUAUUCGACAAAAAACUGUCAACAUCAGCCUCGUAACGCACAAGCAGUUCCGCACAGAUGGUCUUCGUUGCUCUUGAUGGUACUCUGUAAGGCGGAGAGCGACCCAGCCGGUACACAUAUUUUAAUAUCCCGACUGGUGGACGAGUGUGUCAGAUAUGUCCAGUUGCGCAGCGAGAUGUUUGAUUGUGAUCCGUCGAUCACCUCGGAUGUGUCCGCACGUUCCAACAUUGCAGGAGUGACAGCUGUGUGCAGCCGGCCCGUAAGCAGCAGAUUCGACAGAUUUGCGCGACCCUGUUGCUAUGAUGACAGACGCCUCGCCCAACGAUUCUUCAUGCUUUUGUUACUGCCAGGUCUCCUUAGACACUCUACAAGCGCCUAUGAAUAUCUGCGAUGGUCUGGUUUUCCGCCAAAAGAAUCUCAAUGACAGUUCUGUGAUUGGAACGCACGAUUUUGAAGGCCACUAAUAGCGCCACCACCUAUCGGAAUUUCGUGAAACUGUAGGGCUGAAACGGGAAUCUUCGCCCACAAUAUACCCCCACAAU